AUGAACUAUGCAUGUUAUCAUAUGGGGUCUGGUAGUAGAACUGAUAGAAAAACUUUGGAGUUUGGUAAGACGCAUGUAGUGAGGCCUAAAGGAAAACAUCAAGCUACUAUAGUUUGGCUGCAUGGUCUUGGUGACAAUGGUUUGAGCUCAUAUCAGCUCCUGGAAUCACUUCCACUUCCAAAUGUAAAAUGGAUUUGUCCAACUGCUCCUACUCGUUCUGUGGCUAUACUUGGAGCAUUUUCAUGCACUGCAUGGUUUGAUAUGGGAGAACUUUCAGAAGAUGGUCCAGUUGAUUGGGAGGGUUUGGAUGCCUCAGCAGCACAUAUUGCUAAUUUGGUGUCUGCUGAGCCACCUGAUGUGAAAAUUGGGAUUGGAGGGCUCAGUAUGGGUGCUGCAACAGCUUUAUACUCUGCAACAUGUUUUGCCAUGGGAAAGUAUGGAAAUGGAACUCCUUACCCUAUCAACUUAAGAGCAGUUGUUGGACUAAGUGGCUGGCUUCCGGGAUCAAGGAGCUUGAGGAGCAAGAUAGAGGUGUCACAUGACGCGAAAAGGAGAGCUGCUUCAUUACCAAUUUUCAUGUGCCAUGGAAUUAGUGAUGAUGUAGUUCUCUACAAAUAUGGAGAGAAAUCAGCUCAAUCCUUGAGUUCGGCAGGGUUUCAAUAUAUAUCCUUCAAAUCCUAUGAUGGGGUUGGUCAUUAUACAGUUCCUAGAGAGAUGGCUGAUGUUACCAAUUGGCUUGGCUCAAGGUUAGGGCUUGAGGGACCCUUAUAA